CGCCAGAAUGGAGAGAUGUCCCACCCUCCAACAUCCAAGCGUUCAAGCAGUAUCGGCAAUCCAGUCCAGAUGCAUGAACCCGAUCCUCCGCCCUCGCCUAUAAAAACCCCUGAAGAUCAACAGCUCUCGCAGCAGAGUGGAACAAGUGGCACUUACUCUUCCCCGCAAAGAGACAGCAGCAGAAGAGGGGAAAGCCAAGUUAAGAUGGCUCUGUACCUUUCCUCCUCCUCCUCCUCCCCGAAUUCCCCUGCUGCUACUGCUCUCACCAUUCUCUCCCUCUCCCCCGAUCCCUCCCCUGCUGCUGUGACCAUGUACAAUUCUCCCUCCCCCAAUUCCUCCUCCUCUUCUGCUGCUGUCACUGUUGUAUCCAGAUGCACCGUGUGUCCUGACACCGAGUCCACUCUCGGAGGUCUCAAGCUCUCCGUGUCCGACCUCCCCAUGCUCUCCUGCCACUACAUCCAGAAAGGCCUCUUCUUCCCCAGGCCCCCAAUCCCCUUCGCUCCCCUCCUCUCCCUCCUCAAAUCCUCUCUCUCUCGCGCCCUCUCCCUCUUCCCCGCCCUCGCCGGCCGCCUCUCCACCCUCCCCGACGGUCGCAUCGUCAUCUCCUGCAACGACGCCGGUGCUGACUUCUCCCACGCUGUCGCCUCAUCCCUCACCCUUCCCCUCCUCCUUCCCACCUCAUCCGAUGUCCCGCUGCCCGUCAAGUCGUUCUUCCCCUUUGACGGCGCCGUCAGCUACCAGGGCCACUUCCGGCCUCUCGCCGCCUUCCAGGUUACCGAGCUCGGCGAUGGCGCCGUCUUCAUCGGCUGCGUCGUCAACCAUGCCAUCCUCGAUGGCACCUCCUUCUGGAACUUCUUCAACACAUGGGCCGAGCUCUGCCGCGGCGCCGCCCCCCAGCCGCCAGACUUCCGCCGGAACUUCUUCGGCGACUCCACAGCGGUGCUCCGGUUCGCGGACGGCGCCGGCCCGAAGGUGACUUUCCCGGUGAAUGCUCCGCUCCGGGAGCGAAUCUUCCACUUCAGCCGGGAAGCAAUCCGAGAUCUCAAAUCGAGGGCCAACGGCCGGACCCAUGAUUCGAUCGCCGAAAUAUAUGGGAAGCAGAUCCACGACCCGAAGAAAGCGACGACAGCGGCCGCGGCGGCGGAGGAGCAGAUCUCGUCCUUCCAAUCGCUGUGCGCCCAGCUGUGGCGUGCGGUGACGCGGGCUCGGAAGCACCUCCGACCGGAGGCGACGACGACGUUCCGGAUGGCGGUGAACUGCCGGCACCGGGUGGUGCCACGGGUGGAUCCGUCGUACUUCGGGAACGCGAUCCAGAGCAUCCCAACGACGGCGGCGGUGGGGGAGGUGUCGGCGCGCGAGCUGCGGUGGACAGCGGGGCUGCUGCACCAGAACGUGGUGGCGCACAGAGACGAGACGGUGCGGCGGAUGGUGGCUGAGUGGGAGGCGACGCCGCGGUGCUUCCCGCUGGGGAACCCGGACGGGGCCGGGAUCACGAUGGGGAGUUCCCACCGAUUCCCCGUGUACGAGGGGAACGACUUCGGGUGGGGGCUGCCUCUGGCGGUGCGGAGCGGGCGGGCGAACAAGUUCGACGGCAAGAUUUCGGCGUUCCCAGGGAGGGAGGGAGGAGGAAGCGUGGACCUCGAGGUUUGCCUCGCCCCGGACACCAUGGCGGCGCUCCUCCAAGACGACGAGUUCAUGCAUUACGUCUCCCAAGACUACUCCGCGCUGUAAUUCAUGUUGGAUGGCCCUGACGUUCUGCUAAUUUGCCCGCCCAAGGAGACAGGGCAUGGAAGCAAAAGUAGACAUGUUGGGACUUCCGAAUCCGUCCCGGACGGGAUUCAGAAUCCUGGCGCUGUAGCCGUUUAAUCAUUAAAAGUUGUAGCAUUUUCUCCUCAAUGAUUGAAAAGGAAAAAC